ACACAGACAGGUGAUGAUUAGAAAAAAAACGUUCUUUAUAAUUUUAAUGUAAAAGUCAUUUGCCACAUGUAUUUUUCAAAUACAAGUUGGAAAGUAUUUCAUAAGCAUUCCAGUUUAUGUGUCAAAAUGCUCUAAAUGUCAGUGAAUAAAAAUACUCAUAACCCCACAGACCAACUGACUUACAAGAGCUGGAGCAUCUUCUACUUCUGUGUGCAGUAAACUGAAUUUAAAAGGUUCAAAGAUAAAUAUAAUCAACCAAAAUAAGCUAAAAACGAUGGAAGUCAUAAAAAAAUAAAACCUAAAACGAAACAUUUUUAGUCACUUAAGGGUGCCUGGUCCUUGUAUUCCUCCCCAAAGUUCAAAGGUCAGGUUUAAUAAUCAAAACUGUGAAAAAGCCUUCAUAGUCCAUAAAUUUGAAUAUAUAUCCUAAAAUAUUUCAAUUUUUUUGUCCUAAGAGCAAAUGUAAAAAAAAAAGUAAUUUAAACAAUAUUUGCAUAUUCUAAUCUAAAUAAAAAAAAAAAAAAGAGAAUUCAAAAUUUUUGUCAUAUUUUAGAAAAUCCUUGUUUUCUAAAAUACUCACAAAACCAGUUUUAUGCAAGAAGCAUUUAUAUGUCAUGGUUUUGCAAGUGAAAGGUUUUGCAAGGACAAAUAAAGUUUACUUGUUCACAAAAUGAAAAAUUCACACUGUACAAAAACAACAAAUCAAAAUAAAAUAAAAUAAAAAUCUGAGUUCCAGGAAGAAUCUGAAAGAAGACAAAAUAAGUAAUCUAAUAAAACGAUUGGGUAAAAAAAAACCCUACAAAACAAAAUUAAAAAAAAAUGGAAAUGGAGCAAAUACCAAAAUAAGGAUAAAAUGUUGAGUGUCUUUAACUAAUAAAGCUAAAUGCAGCAGCUCUUCAUUAAAUGAUCUGAUUAUUAUCACUACUUCACGGUUUCUGACUUGCAACUGUAACAAGUUCUGACUUCUGAAGCUAAAAAUAAAAGCGAGUUCAAGGUCGACAGAUUGCAACAAGGAAAAGAAACAGAUUUUAAUUUAAUCGACUUCUUCAAACAUUUAAACCAGCUUUUUAAAAACUACAAAUGUGAACACCAGGCUCCAUGACAGCGUGGUCAGCGCUGGUUGUUGCGCUGCGGGAAGAAGCAGCUGGACAGACGGAUGGAGUGGCUGCAGCACAUUUCAUCUCACCACUUAAUAUUCCAGAUACGACACGCACCACAUUCCUGGUCAACAGGAAAUUAAAGAUCUGCAUCGCCAUAAUGUCGAUGGAGGAGCUAGCAAGUUAAAAAAAGAAACAGAAAACAAUCCCAGUAGAGAGUAUGACCUAUGACUGACCCACAGAUGGGAGAAAAUGCACUUUUUUCAUCCCAAAGAGGAGAUUUUAGCUCCCUCUCCUGCUCCCUUUGCUCUAAUCCGGUAACACUCCCUCUAGUGUUGCAGAAUCUGAGCUAAAGACGCGCUGAUCUGUGCUUCAGUUGCUCGGAGCAGGACUCUGCAUCGAGCAUCUCUGUCUGGUUAUAAUGGAAGAGGCGAGCGAACACCAGCAGCGACGCUCAACACACUGGGAGGACCGUCGCACAGCGGAGUGUUUUCAUGCUUGACUCAAUGCUGUGAGCCUGCGGCUGGAGAAUAAAGCGAAACCAAACAGGAAGCUCUUCUUCCGUCGUCAUGGUGGUCACGGUCUACAACAUCUCGUCCACCUCGGCCAGGGUGACGUGGCCCGCCUCCCCCGCCUGCCUGGACACCUUCUACAGCGUCAUGUACGACCCCAACUGGAACAGCCUCAUCAUGGGCUACAAGCGCAAGAGCUUCAAGCACGAGGAGCGCAUCCCCGUCAGCCAGACCGCCACCUACCUGGGCAACCUGCUGCCCCAGACCGCCUACUUCCUGUGCGUGACGUGCCAGGCGGCCGACCCCGUCCGGGAGCAGUGCCAGGUGUUCAGCACGCCGAGCGAGAGCAGCGAGGGCCACGAUCGGGCGGGCUGGGAGGUGGCGGUGGGCGUGUGGCUGACCUGCUGCCUGCUGCUGCUGGUCAUCGCCGGCAUCCUGCUGUGGGGCUGCCUCCACAACAUGUGCUCCCUGCCGGGCCGCGUCGCCGAGAGCCGCCCCGUGGUGACGGCCUCCGUCCGCCAGGACAUGUCCAGUUCGGGACACCUGUUCCAGGCCAGGAGCAGCAGCAGCGAGGAGAGCAUCAAGCGGGCCGCGACCAUGCAGACGUCGCUGAUGCUGGCGCAGCCAGGCGGCCAUGUAAUUACCCCGGAGCAUGAGGUCUGAGCCGGCUGACAGAGAGCCGGCAUUAAUCGAGCGGAUUGAGGUCACCACGGUAUUGUUCACCGCCCCCAACCGACCCCAGCCGAAUUAUCACCAAACGUUUUACCCCGCUCAAUGAAAAUCCUGUUUGAGCUUACAGGGAUAUCGUCAUAGCAACCACUCAUAACAAGACUCUUUGAACCAUUUUAAGUGAGUUAACCUAAACAUACAAGCUGACACAGUGAAGAUGGUCAUUCUACUAGAAAUAUUAAACUCAUAGAGGUUUUUUUCAGCUUUAACCGUCUAGACUUCUAUUUUAUUUUAUUUAUUUAUUUUUUUUUUGCAGAGUGUGGUUUUUCCCUAAACAUUCUGCACAAGAUGUAAGAGACAUGAAACUCGGCACAAUGUUUCCUUGAAUAAAGUUUCCUUUCCUUUAUAUUCUGUAGGAACUUCAUUAGGGGUAGGUAAUAAAUCGAUUUAAUGGAUCAAUCAAAUAUUUAGUUUUUGCAAAUGUAAUAUUUGGAAAAUCUGGAUUUCUUUUUUUUCUAUGAAUGCACUGGGAAAAAGAUGUCAGGCAAAGAUUUAUUUAUUUUUUUUAACAAAAAAUAAAGUAAGUGCUACAAGAAUAUAGUCUUAGUAAUACGAGAAUAAAGCCAUGUAACAAUAAAGUCAAAAUAAUACAAGAAUAAAGUUAUUACCAGAAUGAAGUUGUAAUAUUAUGAAAACUCCAACACAAAAAAUUA